AGUCAAAAUUCCGAUAAGACAGUAGAAGUUAUCUGUCGAGAAUAUGGAAUAGCUCCUGCAACUUUCUACAAUUGGAAAAAGAAGUACGGGGGAAUGGGGUGUAGGACAAGAAUACUCUCGCUCGUUUUGCUCGUAGUUGUUGUCAAGCUCGAUACAUUCAUCUCAUUCAUAAUUGUCUCAAUUGGGCUUGGUUUAGCAAGUGGAAUGGAAAUUCAGAAAAUUGGACUUUCGAUUCAAAAAGGAAUUGGAGGCACAUUGGGCGAGCUAGUUUUGAUUAUUGGCUUUGGUGCAAUGUUAGGCAAAUUGGUGUCAGAAAGCGGUGCUACUCAACGAAUUACCGAUAAAUUGGUCAAUAUAUUCGGUAAGAAAUAUUUGCAAUGGGGUUUGGCAUUGGCGGGCUUUAUUAUUGGCAUUCCGCUGUUUUAUAAUGCAGGCUUUAUGAUAGUGAUUCCGUUGAUAUUUGCCAUCGCAAAUUCAACAAAAUUGCCCAUUUUAUCUAUUGGCAUUCCAAUGCUUGCGGCACUUUCGGUGGCACAUGGCUAUUUGCCGCCACAUCCAUCGCCAUCGGCAAUUGCUACACAGCUUCAUGCCGAUUUGGGCAAAACCCUAAUCUACGGAAUAUGCGUGGCAAUUCCUGCGAUUGCCUUAGCUGGGCCAAUUUUUGGCUCAACCCUAAAACGUUUUAAUCCUGUAAUUAACCAAAAUAUAUUUAGCUCAAAACCGCUUUCAAAAGAACAACAACCAAGUCUUGCAAUAAGCCUUUUGGUGGCAUUGAUGCCUGUUUUUAUUCUGAUAAUUACCUCUGUUUUGAAAAAUUAUUUUGUUGAUAAUCAAAUACUUAACUUUUUUUCUGAAGCUUAUAUUACCAUGUUGGUGUCGUUGUUGGUUGCCAUUUGGUUGCUUGGACUUCGAGAAGGAAAAUCAAUGAAAACAAUUAGCAAAUUACUAGAAGAGGCUUUUAAAAGUAGCUCGGUUAUUUUGCUGAUAAUUGGUGGGGCAGGGGCAUUAAAACAAAUUUUGAGCGAUAGCGGUACAAGUACUUAUAUU